AUCAAGGGAUAAUGCAGACUGAGAAUACCAUUAGUUAUCUUGACAGAAAUUAUCUUCAAGUGUUUCGUGUGGAAUGAAUUAAUUUUAAUGUAAAUCAAUUAUAUUUUUGUAGAUGUUCUGUAAACUGCUAGUCCUGAUUGUCGUGUGUGGACUGGCCAUCGCUGACCCUUUGCCGAAGAUACCUCAACCACCUGCAGGUCUCGCCCGAUCGUCGUUUAGCUACGGGAAUGACUAUUCUACCUCAUACCUGGAAGAUGACUCUUAUUCUUUGGGAGACUUGAUUGUACAGCCAGAGCAUUCUUCGCUCUUAGCACAUACUUUGUCGUCAUUGAUCGGGUACAAAACUUCAGCGUUAUCGCUCGCAGUCGACGCAAUCAGCUGGCUAGUAUCCAACGCCUACAUCGUCAUAUUGGGUAGCAUCGUGACUCUCGGCUUCUGCAAGCUCAGCGGCAAAUGCUCCCUGGACUACGAAGUCUAUGAACCAGUAGCGUCCUUCAGAUCUCUCGUGACCCCUGAGCGCCUGGUAACUGCAGAAAGAUUCUUCUUGAAGGCCGUCGAGAAAUAUGCGGAAGAAAGGAAGAGGUCGAUUAAGAAAUAGGUUUUUUAAGCUAAGCUCUAUUGUUAGUUUUUGUAAUUUAUUGUAAUAAAAUUCUCAAGCCAUAA